AUGGAGAAUAACGACGCGGUCUGCGGGUAUACUGAAGAGGUCACAUUCACUAGAUUUGUAUACAUUUCAAUCGGCGGCGUCGUAGCCUUAUUUGGCUGCUUUUUCAAUAUUCUUCUAGGCUACUUAUUCACAUUCAAAAAAUUGGCGAACUCUCCUCCUCAGCUUUACCCGGCAAUUUUGGCAUUCCUUGAUGCGCUUCUUUGCUUGUUCUUUCUUAUGAUAUUCGUUGUGGAUGUUAAUAUGAUCUAUAAUAAGAGUGAGUGGAUGUUCGUCGCUUUUCACCGCUACGUCAUUUUGACAUUUUGUGCAGCAAAAUUAGUCCAAUUUUUGAUACCAUAUAUGCUGAUGCUCGGCACUUUUGAAAGAUACACGUGGAUCGACAAUCAAAACCGUAAGCUUCUGCUGUUUCGACCGCGCUAUCGCACUCUGACGCUGCUUAUCCUGCUCGCCACCGCAAUUGCGCUCCGCAUUCCAUCGGCACUUGCAUUGACCGUCACCGAAUUUCCCAAGUUUGUUGUUCAUUUCUUGCAUGUUUCGAAUGCUUUCGCCGACGACACUUUUCAUGAGCAGUUUAUUGAGGGAAAAGCGUUUUGA